AUGCCAAAGAGGAGAGACCAGAAGGAACGACGUGUACGUUUUGCCAAUUUUGCUGAGGGUCUCUUUGAGGAUCAGUUUGGAGACACAUGGAAUCGAUUUGAUCUUUCACAUGGUGAUGAUUGUCAACAAGUAGGACCACAACCACACCCUACCGGUUCGAAGAAGCCGCUUGGUGCUGGUGCGUUCCCGUUGUGGAAUCCCUCUUGUUUGAACACAUCUUCUCAACAUCCACUUCAUCAACAUCGAAUCAAUGACGAGUGGCACAAUGUUCCUUCGCAAUGGCUCACACAAGAUGGUCUACCACAAGAUCAGGUUCCUGGAGAUGAGCAUUUCAAUUUGAAUGAGGCACCCAACACGAUUCAGGAGCUCUUCAACACCUUCUUGGAGCACCAUCUUGUUGAGGGGCCCAGACUUUCAGAAGCUAUUCACCUACGAACGUGGUAUCUUCAUCACGCACAUGUGCGACAGUGGAAUACGCCGCGCAUCAUAGAGUUGGAUGGACAUUGGCGGCACUGGGCACGCGACAUUGCAGAAGGCUGGCGAGACCAUGUUCGACUUGAUGAGGAUAUUGCCUUUCAUGUCUGCCAUCCUGACCCUCCUCGAAAUGUAGGUGCUCAGUGGGAGAUUUCCUUUGAUCUCAUUCUGGCACAGGGACUCGACAUGCCUUCUUGGUCAGGUCUCAUCACCGUCCUUAGAGUGGGGGAUCGUGCAAGUAGAGCAGAGUACAGUUUGGCGGUAUCUUUACCACAAUAUGUGAGUGGAUUUCUUCUUGCUCAAGAGGCCAACCAACUUCAACAAUGUCACCUACGGGGUUGUCGGCUGCGUCAUGCGAGAAAUGUGAUUCCUUUCAGCAUUGACCCUGUGCAUGCCAUGACCAAUGGGGACGCUUUUAUCAUCCAACCUGAAGGGAGUCAGGCUGCUGCGGCCGCCCCUGAAGCAGAGACUGCCACCGGGGAUGUGCAGAUGGAUUAUGAACCAGAAGAACAGCAACAUGAAGGUUUUCAGGAUCAUGACAAUGAUGAACCACCUGAUGCGGAGUCCUCAUCAUCUGAUCUACCUCAUGAAUUGCAGGCAGUUCACAUUUUUCGACUUGGCCACUGGCCCAACUUUGGUCACAUCGAUUGGAGAUCCUAUCAUGCAGCGCUCCGAGAUGCAGCUCAAUUGGUUCGGGCUCACAUCAACCAUUUUGUCGGCUUUCACUAUGUACAUGUCAGCCUUGUGGGGCAUCAAGCAGGAGAAGAAGCAAUUAUACUUCAACACGUCAAUGACAUUGCGUUGGGCUCUUUGGAGAAGCUUGUCAUUGUGGAUACUGUCCUUCAUACCAAUCGCCUGAAUCAGGGCGUGCCAGACAAUCCUGCUGUAACCCGAGAGGUUUACAAGGUGCAACCGCAGUUGGCACGAAGACACCUUCUGCUGAUGGCACAAGUUGAUGCCUACUGCACAUGGAUGGCCGACACAUGCAUUGUUGAGCACAAUGGUCACAUUUGGCACCGUAAUGACCCUCAACUACGCCAAGUUGAACACGGAGCUGUCUUUCGGAUCCAGCUGCCACCACCUCUGAAUCCUGCAUGGAACAUUGGCCAAGCGGUUCGAGUUGCCCACGAGACCGGGGAGAUCCUCGACUUUCCGGAGGCGGGACAGCUCGCGCACUCCAUCUUGGAUGGCAAUGUGGAGCACAAUCGUCUUGAUUUUGGUGAAGUUGCUCGCGAUGGAGCGAGAUUGGUCACAUGCAAAGGAAAUGAUCAGGUUGAGGCCACUGACAUACCGACCACCUUUCCGCCGGGUACAAGGAUGCCCCGACUCAGACCCCGGCAUGAUGGCAAGUUUGAUUGGCUCGAUCAACUUGUUGACAUUUUCCGAGCAAAUGCUGAAGCUGAGACCAUUGAAGGUGAUCCGCUCUUGUACAUUCAGACUUGGUACAUUCAUCACCAGCGUCUUCGACGAUGCCCUGAUCCGCGGCCGCUACGGCUGGACAACGCCAUCAUUGGUUGGGUGGAAGAGCUGCGAUUUGCUUGGCGAGAUCUUCUUGACCGUCACAUUGACUUCAGCAUUCAUGUGGUAAGUCCCCGACCUCCACAACUUCGUUUUCAGGAUUAUGCCUGCCAUGUGAUUCUUGUGCAAGCACCACAACUACAUAGGGCUGCGGGCAUCAUCACAAACCUCUUUGAAGGGCCUGACAGAGAUGCUAUUCAGCAGUUUGCACUCUCCUUCCCGAAGAGGAUCAACAAGCCCACUGUCAUUGAUGAAUUACGGCUACAGCCACAAUGCGACACACGCAGAUGCACAAUUCAUGCUUGUGGAGAACUGGUACAUCUGAUCUUGAUCACGGAGUUGCCGGAGGGCUUCAACCUGUGUACAAGAAUUUCUGAUCCUACACUACAAAGACCAAUACCUCCACUCGCUGAAACAGAGCACUUUGAAGAUGUCAUCUUUAUGCAGAGUGGCCAGCCACAGACAUCGUUGACGACUGCUACAAGUGCGAGUGCUUCCUCGAUGCCGAACACGGUUUGUGGUCCUUUUAUUUUCAAUGCUGAUGCACCGCCUUUUGUGCCUGGUAUACUUCCUAUUGAGGCCAUGUCGGAAUUUGUUCAAGAUCUACAUGACCUUUGGCUACAGGAAGCAUUCAAUUGGGAAGAUGAGGAAAAAUCUUGCACCUUCACUACGUGGCUUGCUCAUCACCCAAAUGACUACAAACAUUGCACUCGACCACGCAAUGUGCGCCUCUAUGAGAGCUUUGCGAUGUGGGAGCAGACCAUACGUCAAACAUGGCAAGAUGAAAUCGAGGCUGACUCCGAUCUUGAAUUUCAUUUGGUGUCUCCCACCCCACCACAUUUAGGUGGCAAUGCGGUGGGGCACAUCAUCAUCAUCAAGAAUCAAGUUGACAAUCUCGUGACGAAUCUUGUCACUGUCAUUGACCAUACUAGAGUUGCUGAACACGGACGCAUUCAAAGGAUGGCAGCAACCACAGGAGAGCACCUGCUCCUGGAGGACGUCCUUGAGAUUGUGGGUUAUGGUGGAGCCUGCAUCCCUCACAAUGCGCCCAUGAACUGUAGAGCUUGGAUUGGAGACAUGGGUCUCCGCCUUGGACGUCCAAUUCCAGGUCGAAGUGGCCACAGUAUCCAUAUCAAUGUGCAUCGACGCACGAGACCAGCUGGUGAUGGACUCAACCUCCUACAAUUGUCCAGGCCUACAUUGACAGACGAGCGCCUAACACAGGGAUCGGUGGCUCACGUCCCUGGGCCGUCUGACCUAUGGCCUGAUGGAUUCAAUGUCUUCCAACCAAUAUGUGAGGAGGAGAGACAUGACGAAAUUGCCACAGUUGCUGUUCAGCUCUUACGUGGCCAUGAUGACAUUGGACCCCUUCCCUCCUUUGUGGAGAUUGUCGCUCCAGCAACUGUUGAGAGCGUCCAGGAAGAGUUGUCCUGUUUUGGCAUUCAAUGCCAAGUGUCUUUACUUGGCCAUGGUAAUCACGCGCUUUGUUUGCCCACUGACUGGGUCCCAGAUCAUGAAGAACAUCAUCUUGCGUAUGUGGACAUGAGUGCUCCAUCCAGCUCUGAUGUCCUUCUGCAUACGGUGAAGAAGCUGGAGAAAGAAAGAACCCUUGACCACAUGCGCUUCCUUUAUGGACUGGGUUUUGAGAAGGCAGUGAUUAUGCAGGAGAUUGAACAUUUCAGAGGCCUUGUGGAGGUUCAAUUCAUGGUUUCUGUUGGACAUCUUGAAUUUGAUUCUCGACCACCCAAACCAGCCUCCACCUGGCCGAGUCGGCAACCACAGAUCAAUGACGGACCUAUGUAUGAAGUUCCGUCGACUAGUUCCACACCAGCAUGUCUCCUGGCUCUGGGGGUGACGAGUGACCAACUUCUUGAGUUCUUUUCACACUCACAAGACCAAGUAUUGUGCCAGCUCAUCGAUGGCUUUGACUUUCCUGAGGUCGUACAGCAGCACCUUCAACGACUCUCACCCAUUGACCAUGUUGACCGCAUUAUCAUUUACACAGAUGGCUCAUCACACUCUGGUCGCUAUCAUUUAGCGCCUGAGCUGGUGGAGGAACAGCAUAUUCCAGACGCAUGGGCCUUCGUGGCGUUGGGAGAGCAGUAUCAUGAUGAUGGUUCUACUUACACCCUCCUGGGGUGGAAAGCCCACCAGGUCAGAUGUGCUGAAGACCACCCCUGGCACAUCGGUUCCCGUGCUAUUGGACCAUGGGUUGCAGAAAGGGAGGCGAUGAUCUGGGCUUUUUUAUGGAGGAUUGGCUUGAACCGGAGAACCCCAACUCUUUUCCGGUCUGAUUCAUCCUUGACGAUUGGACAAGCUGAAGGUACGCUAGGACAAGAAGGUGCCUCUUUGGUAGAUCAAGUCUUCCGGCUAUGUGCAGGGGGCAAAGGAGGGCAACAUGGAGUGGAGCUUUGGUGCAAUCUCAAACAACCAUACUGUCAAGUUCAAAGAAAACCUCAGUUCUUCCACAAGAAUGACUUUGUAGUGCUUCAUGCGGACCCGCAAAGACUCCUGGUCAAGGUUGAAGCCAAGUGGCUCAACAUAUGGAUUCUGGUGCUACAUGCACCUCACAGUGGCAUAUCGGCUCAGCAACGACAAGAUUGGUGGAAUGAUACUGCGUCAUUCUUGGAGGAGCAGCACAUUUCCACUGAACAACUUUUUGUUUGUGCCGAUGCUAAUGCAGCACCAGGAGAUUGUGAUGGUCACCAUGUGUUUCAAGAGGGGCUUCCCACGACAAGUUCCACAUCCCUUUUGCGGACCUUUCUGGAAACUUUUGAGCUUUGCUUGCCAGCGACUAGCCAACUUCAUGAAGGUCCCAGAGAGACAUGGAUGCACCCCAAUGGAAGGGCUUCACAUCAAAUCGACUUUGUCAUGGUCCCCACUCACAUGGCAACUUCCUGUACGUUUUCGAGCCUUUUGGAGACCUUUGAUCUUGGGAACCAAGUGGAAGACCACACGGCUACGGCCUUGGAACUUCACUGGUCACAGCUGCUCUCCAGACCGCUCAAAGCGACCCCUUUCUCUGAGAAGCCGACCUUUGCCAGAGAACGCAUCAAACAGGCCAAUUUGAGAUCGGGUUUGAUGUCACUAUCCACAUCAGUGUGGACGUGUGAUGUUGAGACGCACACGAGCCACAUGAACAAUCAACUCCAUCAUCUCUUGCAUCGGUCCUGUCCUCUACCGAAAGGGACCCCGAAGCGAUCUUAUGUGUCUGAUGAUGCAUGGGAUUGGAGAAGGCAGAAGCUGCACCAUCGGAAGGCCAUGAAGACUGCAAGGGCCCUUUUGCGCAGAGAAGCGCUAGCACGCAUCUUUGCAGCCUGGCGAGCACCCUCUGCGCAACUUCUGGAGCUAUCAUUUGUGUUUGGUUCUACACUUCGAUGUGGCCUCUUUAAGCACUACAUUGGUUUCAGACGCUCUGCUGCAGCAUUGCAGCGAGAUUUGGCAGCUGCGAAGUCCCGUCAUCUACAUGAAACUCUGGCCACGAUUGAUGAGGGAACAGCUGCUUCUGAGAUCCAACACAAGUUGAAAGGAUUCAUGGGAUCUUCCAACAAGCUACGUCAAGGCCUUGCACCUUUACCAGCUUUGCGAAACGCACACAACCUUCCCUGUAGCUCAACUUCUGAAACACUGUUUCGCUGGAUUCAGUUCUUUGCGGACAUGGAGGGAGGUGAACGUGUGCCUUUCUCGCAAUUGCAUGCGGAAUGGGUUAGGCAACUGCAAGACUUCAGUGAAACGGCACAGGUGCUUUCGAUCUCUGACCUUCCAAGCUUGAGUGCUUUGGAAGCAUCCUGCCGACGAGUCAAAGCAGGCAAAGCUGAUGGACCAGAUGCCAUUCCGACAGAACUUUGCAAGUUCUACCCUGUUGAGACGGCUCGCAUGAUGUAUGCCCUCAUGAUGAAGCUUGUCACACAUGGUCAUGAGCCUCUCCUCCACAAGGGUGGCACUGUCAUCCCCAUUUGGAAGGGAAAGCUCGCCAAAGACACGUGCGAGGCGUACCGUUCCAUUCUGCUGUCCUCGACUUUGGGCAAAGUUGUUCAUCGGACGUUGAGAAUCCACCAAAAGGACAUCUAUGAAGCCUACCUGCAUUCACAACAGCUGGGAGGACGAUGCCAUGUCCCUGUCACUUUGGGCGCACAUCAGACGCGAGCUUUUGUCCGAUGGCAUCGUGAUUGUGGGCAUCCCACCGCAGUGCUGUUUGUAGAUUUACAGGAAGCAUUCUAUCGAGUGCUUAGGCAGCUCGCCUUGCCUGGCUCCUUUGAAGAUGAAGCACUUGCCAAAUUGGCACAGAGGCUCGGCUUAGGACCAGAUAUCCUACACGAGCUCUGGAAGCACCUGCAGGAACCCUGUGCUCUUGACAGAGCAGGUAUGCCUGCUUGUGCUCAACGAGUUGUUAGAGCGCUCCACUCCAACACGCACUUUCAGCUCCCACAACAAGAUGAUCAUGUUCAGACGAAGCUUGGCACUAGACCAGGUGAUGCAUAUGCAGACAUUGUUUUUGGGUUCUUGCUAGCGCGUGUCCUACACUCCUAUGAAGAGCAGCUGGCGCAAGCUCAAGUCCUAUCCAGUGUCCCUAGCCAAGAAGGGAUGGAGCUCUUCAAUGUGGAGGUCCAGCAGAAUGCAGAGAUGUGCCGGUUUCUGGGCCCAGUCUGGAUGGAUGACAUGGCGCUAUGCCUUUGGAGCGAGACGAAUGCUGGUCUCAAAGCGAAGAUCGGGGUCGCUACGAGCAUCUUACUGAACAUUUUCAGAGAACAUGCAAUGACACCCAAUCUGCGUCCUGGCAAGACGGAGCUUAUGGUCAGCCCGAGGGGGCCAGGCACUCGAGCAUGGAAGAAAGAGAUGUUUGGACCGCUCUCCACGAAGCACUUUCCUGCGAUUGGAGAACAUGGCCUUUAUCAUGUUCAUUUGGUGACCUCCUACACGCACUUGGGAGGAGUGAUCCACUACACAGGAGAAGUACGGGCUGAGGUGAGGAGGAGAGUUGCCAUUGCUCAUCAAGCGUUCAGCAAACAUAGGAAGCUGGUGUAUCAAUGCCGAGCUUUUUCGCUGCACAAGAGAGCUGAAAUCUUUCGCAGCUUGAUUUUGAGCCGUUUGCUGUAUGGUGCUGACUCUUGGGCAUUAUGGGACUCCCAUUCGAAGAUGAAGCUCCACUCUGCCAUCAUGAAGCUCUAUCGCCGCUUGUUGGGUAGUGCCCACAACGCUCACAUGCAAGACGAUGAGAUUCUAUGGCGUGUGGGGCUCUCUUCACCUACGGACCUAUUGCGCCUCUGCAGGUUGCGGUACAUUGGCUCUCUCUGUGCCAUAGGCCAUACAGCAUGCUGGGGGCUGCUCAACAAGGACCGACUCUGGCGAGUUCUGGUGGAAGAUGACAUGAAAUGGGUGUGGCACAAUUUAGCCAACACUUGUGACCUUGGUGAUCCUACUCAUCAUAUGCAGCGCUGGUUUGAGGUCAUUCGUUUCCAUCGUGGAUUUUGGAAGGGCCUUCUUAAACGAGCUGAGAAACAUGCUAUUCUUCAACAAGCAAUGCGAUUCCAAUGUGGCAAAUUUCACCAGACAGUGCGAGGUCUGUUAGCUGAAUGUGGCUUUUGGAAUGCGCUUGACAGAUUUGUCCAUUUUGCUGCAGAUGCACCUUCAUUUGGAUGCAUGCUUUGUCAGCGACGAUGCCGAUCAAGGGGUGGUGAAGGUGCGCACAUGUGCCGCAAACAUGGACAGAUUCAACCAAUCCGACACUACAUCGCUGGUACCCAGUGUGGGGCAUGCUUGAAAGAGUACCACACGGCGGGACAGAUACAGCAGCACCUUUUGCGCAGCGCCGACUGUCGCACCUACCUGCUACACCAUCGCCUUCAAGGAAACGUUCUUCCUGGUAUUGGCUCUCGUGAAGAUGCACUUCGUCGGCAGGAACAUGAUGGACGCUUGCCACCUUUACAAGCUAGCGGUCCCACGAAGCCAUGGAGAGGAGGACUUGAUUUCUCCCUGAUUGACUUUGACUUGCACGAUGCAUUGGCGUUAGUCAUUGUGGAUGCGCAAACCAACCCGGAUAUUGCGGGCCUGGAAGUUUGUCUUCGUGCGGAGAUCCUUCGCUGGCCUACGUCUUGGACAAGAUGCAGGGCUACCCUUGGCGAGCUCGCAGACACUGUUCUCCAUGAGCAAUUGGGUUGGGAGGCCUUGUCACGCGAUGACGUCCUUGCUCUUCUCCAUCGUUUGUCUACGACCUCAUCGUGGCCCUUCCUGGUUGAUGAGCAGGUGCCAGACGAGACCUAUAUGGACACUUUGGAGAACAUGGAGAAAGAUUGUCGUGAAGAGACGUUGGGUUGUCCGCCAGCAGGGACCCCUUCAGUUCCACGCAUGUGUGGUCGACAUCAGAUCGUUUUACAUGCUUUCAGCGGCCGUCGCCGCCCGGGAGACCUGCAAUUUUACAUGGAGCAGAUGUAUGAUCGGGCUGCAGAAGGCAUUCACUUGACGGUGGUUUCUCUUGACAUUGUUACUGACCCUGUUCUGGGCGACGUCACUGUCCAAGAGACGCAGGACUUCUGGUUUCAUCACGCCUCAUGCGGUGCUGUGGCGGGCUUCCUCUGUGGCCCUCCAUGUGAGACCUGGAGCCGCGCUCGUUUUGUUGCAAUGCUCAAGACCACCUCGCAGCGCAGGAGCCCACGGCCAGUUCGUUCAGGAGAAGACUUGUGGGGACUUUGCUCUCUCAGUCUUAGGGAAGCCAGACAGGUUGGCGUGGGGAAUCUUUUGCUCUGCUUUGCACUGGAGAUGCUUUUCAGACUGGCACUGGUAGGCGCCAGCGGUGUGUUGGAGCAUCCUGACACGCCUCCAGAUGAAUCAAUGCCGUCGAUCUGGCGCUUGCCCAUCAUGCUGUGGUUAUUGCAGAUGCCAGGCAUGAGCACCUUCUCUUUCAGCCAGGGCCUUCUUGGAGCACCAACACCCAAGCCGACGAGACUCCUGGUUCUGAAUAUGUGUGAUUUGAUGGGUGAGCUGCGCCGACAUCACCUUUGCCGAGAUCUCCCUGCGCGCGCGGCAAUUGGGCGUGAUGAGGACGGAGCAUGGCAAACGUCCAAGCUCAAGGAAUAUCCACCUGCAAUGAGCCGAGCUCUUGCGUCCAGUUUUGUCAGGACCCUCUCAGCAUGCCAGUUUGAGGAAACUGUGCAGCUGGAUGAGGCCUUUGUAAAGAAAUGUGCUGCCAUGGACACAAAGUCCUUUGGCACGAAGAUUGGCAUGGACUUCGCUGGCCAAUCUUGA